CAAGCACAGUCACCUGUUCUUCUAGAGACAAUGGACCAUCACCCUCAGCAUCCCGCUCCCGAGGGGCGGAUCGUGUACUCCCAACCACGACCAUAUCUCCCCCGCCAAGAAGGCCCCUUGCCGAAUUAUCGGCCUAGACCGGUGGAAAACGAGUUCGAGGAAGACGAGACUGAGUCUGACGAAGGAAACAUCGCCCCCGUCGCACGACACCAAUCUCCGCCGCCGGAACUAGCCCAACCGGUCCAAAACCACCACGAGACACCAUAUCCCAGGCCCCUCUUCUUCCCAGAAGCGACAUCAGCCUCUCAGCGCAGACCCGAAGACGCCCUCACAAGCGACGGAAUCCACCUCCCUCGCCUCACUCACGGCCCAGCACCCGUCUUUGAAUGGGACUCCCCCGUCCCGCCCCCGCGAGUGGAUGAUAUCCUCCGCGAAGUCGACUAUAACUUUGGUCCUCCUUGGGCCCGUCGUCGCAUCGACGAGCGGACUCUAUUCCCGCACGACGUCGCGCUGCGGUAUACGCCAGCGCACGGGGAAGAGUACUUUCGCGAGCAAGAGGCCCGGUUCCCGUUGCGACGAUAUUUCCCGGGCACUCGCCCUUCCGAGGCGGGGAGUAACGCCGCCUCCGCCUCCGCUGUCCACGGGAACGGGUACCGCGCCGUGGGGGAUGCGUCUUCGCCGCCGGGGCUGGUGUAUCACGGCCAUCGCAUUCCGGCGCGGGAGCGGGAGUAUGACGAGCCCGCGGCUCCUAGGGAUCCGCCUCCUGUACGAUUCGAUGGCCUUGCGGUUCCGCCUGGCACGCAGUUUUAUCGCUUGCCGCGUAUUGCUGAGCGGGAGUCUCAGGAGAGGCAGGAGGUGGAGGAGGAGGGUUUUACUGGGAUAUUGAAUACGCCCCUGUAG